AUGUAUGCCGAUAUGAUUUGUGAUGUGAUGCCACCAAUACCUGAAGAUGGUACUGGUGGUAGUGGUAAUGGUAUCAAUCAUGAUGAUAUUGGAUCAGAUAAUGGUGAUGAACCUCAAACAAAUAUUGAACAGUUAAUGGUAUCAAUGCUUGAAGAACGUGAUAAAUUACAAGAAAAAUUACAUGAAACAGAAGAUACAUUAAAUAAUUCACAACAAAAAUUAAUUGAUAUUGAAAAAGAACGUGAUAUUUUACUUCGUCAAUUAUCAUUAAAUACACCACAGUGGAUGGAUCAAACAAACUUAGUUUUUUUCGAUACAAAUCAAUCUGAUUAUUUCAUUAAAAUGCAUUCAUCAUCAAACCUUUAUGAUUAUUUAAUCAAUAAUUUGGAUAAAAAUGAUGAUGAUUACAGUGAUAAUGAUUUAUCGACUGAAACAAAUACAAUAACAAUGACAAGUUCAACAAGUAGUGAUAGUGCAAUUGCAUUUGAUGAUGUUGAUGAUAACGAUUUAAUGAAUGAUAAACAAGCAAAAUAUCAAUAUUUAUGGCCAAAAAAAUUUAUAGCAACCCAAUCAGAAGCAUUCAUGGAUUUUUCACAAACAUUGAAUUUUUUAAAUCAAUAUGACCAACAAACGAUUUAUGAUAAUGAAACUUCAAUGACAAAAUAUACACAACCAUUACCAUGGACAAAGUCAACAUAUUCUCAUUUAUAUUCUGAGAAGGAUUAUGUAACCCUUGUCCGUGAAUUAGCUCAAUUACGUGAACAACUAACUGAAAAAGACGAUGAAGUAACAGAACUUAAAGCUGAACGAAAUAAUACACGUUUACUUCUAGAACAUUUAGAACAACUUGUUGCUCGACAUGAACGUUCAAUACGAACAACAGUUAUGCGUAGACAAGCUCAAGGUGUUUCAUCGGAAGUUGAAGUACUUAAAGCAUUGAAAUCUUUAUUUGAACAUCAUAAAGCAUUAGAUGAAAAAGUUCGAGAACGUCUAAAAAUUGAAAUUGAAAAAAAUAUACAACUUAAAGAUGAACUUGAACGAACAAAAAAUGAACUUGCUUGUGUUCGUGAAACUCAACAAUCGAAAAUAAUUGAUAUUGAUCAAUUAAAAAAUAUGUCAAAUGGUACAAUUAGUCAGGAUUAUUUAACAAGUAAAUUAAUUGAAAUGCAAGAAUUAAUGGAUCAUCAAUGUAAUGAAUUAAUAUCAGCACGUUCACGUAUACAUGAAUUAAUAAAUCGUAAUAAAGAAUUAGAAGAACGUUCAUGUAUAUUUCAACGUGAUUUAUCUCAUACAUAUGAACAAAUAAAUAAAUAUCAACGUGAUUUAAAAGAAUGUCAAGCACAAAAAGAAGAUCAAGAAGAACGUAUAUCAACAUUAGAAAAACGUUAUUUAAAUAUACAAAAAGAAACAACACAUUUAAAUGAAUUUAAUAAUCGAUUAGAAAAUGAAUUAACUACAAAAGAAACUCAAUUACAACAUGCUGACGAAAAAUAUCAAACAUUACAAGAUAAAUAUGAUUUAUUAGAACAAAAAUUUCAAUAUCAAAAUGAACUUGAUUCAUCACCAAAACAACAUAAUCAAUCAUUAACAUCCUAUACAAAUAAUGAUGAUAAACUACAUCAACUUCAAAAUGAAUAUGAUGAUCUACAAAUGGAAUUAACACGAGCUCGUCAACGUGAAAAAGUAACAGAAGAACAUAAUAUUCGUUUAUCAACAACAGUUGAUAAAUUACUUGCUGAAUCUAAUGAACGUUUACAAAUUCAAUUAAAAGAACGUAUGCAAUUAUUAGACGAAAAAAAUAAUUUCGUACAAGAAAAUGAAAAAUUAAAAAAACAAUUUGAUGAAAUACAAAAUGAACGAACGAAGUAUUUAGAAGAAAUUAGUAAACUUAAAAAUGAACUUGAUCAUGUUCGACGAGAAUUACAAAAUUUAAAACAACAAAAAAAUGAAACAAUUUUAAAUUCUCCACAAAAUAAUCUUAAUAGUACUUCACAAACUAUUCCAAUUAUAAUAGAGGCAACAAAUAGACGAAGAAAUAUAUCAGUACCAAUUGUUAAUGAUCAUAUGUUACAAACAUCCGAACCUGAUUGGGAUACAAUUGAUCAAGCUCAAGUAAUAAAUGAUGUUCGUUUAGCAUUUGAAUCUUCUGAUGUUGAAUUAACAACUGAUGAUGAUGAUAGUUUAUAUCAACAUCAACAUCCGGUGAUAGUUAAUAAUGAUUCAACACAUCCUCAUCAUCAUCAUCAUCAUCAUAAUGGUGAUGCUCAAACAUUAGCACUUGUUCUACAAGAACAACUUGAUGCUAUUAAUAAUGAAAUUCGUAUGAUUCAAGCUGAAAAAGCUAAUACAGAAUUACGUGCUGAAGAACUUGAAUCACGUGUUGUUGGAAAUUCUAUUUAUCAUUUACAUAAUGAAAAUGAUAAUGAUAAUGAAAAUAAUAAUCAUUAUAAUACAAAUUUAACACAAAAUUCAUUAUCAACAAUAAAAUUAAAUACAAAUACAAUAUCACCAAAUGGAAAACCUUAUAAAUUUAAUACUACACCUCCCAAUAUAUAUCCAUUAGAUUCUAAUGAUUAUGAUCGAACAAUACAUCGUCAAUCACCACGUUCAUUUCAUAAUGAUUAUAAUACUACAACACGUUAUGAAAAAUGUGAAUCAAGUCCAACAGUAACACCAGCACGAGUAACAACAAAUAUACGUACAGCUACACCACAUCAUGUUUAUCAUUCAUCAUCAAGUAUUCAAAAUCAAUAUAGAAUUAGUACAGCACCAUUAAGAACAAAUAUACAACAUGUUGAUGAUAAUACAAAACAUUAUUUUUCAAAUCCGUCCACAUUUCAACCUACAUCAUUAUCAUCUAUAACUAAUCAAGAUUCUCCAAGUCCAAUCAGUUCUCAAAAUUCGACAUCAGGUGAUGAUAAUAGUAUAUAUAAUCGAAAUCAUCAACAACAAAAAAAGAAAGGUAUUCGAAAUUCUCUUGGACGUUUAUUUACACGUAAAUCUGAUCUUAUGGAUAAUAAAUCAAUACGUGAAAAUGUUCAUUCAAUAUCUUAUAUAAGUCGUGCAUCAUCUCUACCAAAUGAUAAUGAAAUGACAGAAUCAACAACUGGUACAAUACUUAGUUUAGGUAAAACUGAAUUUGAUCGACGUAUUAAAAAAAAACAAGAAUUACUCGAAGAUGCAAUACAAAAUAAUCGACCAUUUCCAACAUGGGAUGGUGCAACUGUUGUUGCUUGGCUUGAAUUAUGGGUUAAAAUGCCAGCAUGGUAUGUAGCUGCAUGUCGUGCUAAUGUUAAAUCAGGUGCGAUUAUGUCUGAAUUAAAUGAUGAAGAAAUUCAACGACAAAUUGGUAUUAGUAAUCCAUUACAUCGACUUAAAUUACGUUUAGCUAUACAAGAAAUAUUAAAUUUAACAUCACCAAAUGGACCUCGAACAUCUGUAACAUCAUUAGCUUUUGGUGAAAUGAAUCAUGAAUGGAUUGGUAAUGAAUGGUUACCAAGUUUAGGUUUACCACAAUAUCGUACAUGUUUUAUGGAAUGUCUUGUUGAUGCAAGAAUGCUUGAACAUUUAAAUAAAAAAGAUUUAAAUAAACAAUUAAAAAUGGUUGAUAGUUUUCAUCGUACAAGUUUUCAUUAUGGUAUUCUUGUAUUAAAACGAAUAAAUUAUGAUAAAAAAGAACUUGAUCGAAGACGUGAAGAAUCAUUAAAUGAAAAUCGAGAUGUUAUUAUAUGGACUAAUGAAAGAGUUAUUCAAUGGUUAAUAACAAUUAAUGGAUUAAAAGAAUAUGCAAAUAAUUUAAUAGAAUCUGGAAUACAUGGUGGACUUAUUGCACUUGAUGAAACAUUUGAUUAUAAUGCAUUAGCAUUAGCUUUACAAAUACCAAAUCAACAAACAAUGACACGUCAGAUUCUUGAACGAGAAUUUCGUCUUCUAAUUGCUAAUGGUACAGAUCGAAAAAUGGAUGAAAAUGAUCGAGCAAAAUUAAAACGUCAUCCAUCAUUAUUCUCACGAAAAUUAAAACAUAAAGCAACCAAUGGAGAUUUAACAACUCAUAAUGGAACUGAUACAUCGACUACUAUUCAAAAUGAUGAAUUAUAA